UGAUACGCUCUUUUCUGGCUUUUACAUCCUCGAACCAAAGAAAGUGCUCAAUGGAAUGAACUUGGCUUCUCAAGUCUCACGGCUCUCUUCAGCUAUACAACCACAACCACACAUUGCUGUGCUUAUACGAUACAUAUUAUACAUGCCUGCCCACUACUUUACUUCUUCACAAAGCUAAAGGGUUGGUUUUGGCUACUGCAACUUACAAAUAUAUGGCUCAACUUGCACUUAUUAAGAACAACAAUAAUAACACACUGACAACGCAGAGCAAAGAACCAGAUCCUCUCGUCUAGCCCAUACUCACAGAGACUGACUGCAUUACAGACGCUGAUAAAGUUAACACAUUAUCCGAGGCAAUGCCACAUACAAACAACCAACUAAAGUGGUACCAGUUAGACGUCGUUAUAAUAUAGUCGAAAGUGGUGGAUCACAGCAAACCAAACCGCAUUGCCUCAUCUUGUGUAAGCCUUAGCUCUACACGAAUGCCAUUGCAUUGUGAAUUCUUCUGCUACACAAUAAUGCCAGAAAGAAUAAUAAGUAAGAGGAGAUAGAUACAAUCUGAUGUGAUGGUGCACCUCGCAAUUUUUUACUAUCACCACUACUACUACUCCUGCAUACUGCUCUGUACGUAUUACGAUACGAAGGGACAUCCCACCACUAAAUGAAGAUUUUUCGUCAUUUCUCCCAUUCAUGCAAUCACAACACCUCACACUCAUUUGUUGUAGCUCAUCAUGAGCUGAUUUUUACUGGGCCACUUAUUUAGUCCCUCUACUCCAGGCUGUAUAGCAGUGUCUGCCAAACGUGUGCUUUCUGAGAUAAUCUUCAACUUACGGAGAACAACUCCAUGCAAAAACCUUCUCAAUUCAACAAUAAAUUGCAAAGACAACAAAUUUGCGACCAAGAAAAUUACUGAGUUGAAAGCUGCAUGAAGUAGCAAAAAUGGAACAUCAGUACUUCGCAAUUAGGACGAUUAUCAUUACGAUUUAAUGGGAUCAAAGUCGAUUGAAGAAAUUUGAUCCGGUCUCCGUGUGUGGCUUUCCGUUAAAUGAGGGAGGACAUUCGGGAAGGAUUGUAACGCAAGAAAUCCACAACACCAACGAAGAAAUAAAAUAAUAAUCAACCGGGUUCAAAUUCUCAUAGAAGAAGGGUAUUCGAUUCGGGUUACAGUACGUUGAAAGUGUAAAGUGACAUUGGAUAUUGGACCGCAGUGGAAAUGACGUCCUAUAGUGACAUGAAAUUGGAGAGAUGUUGAGAACAAUUUGACCCUGCAUUCAAAAUAAAACUGCAAAAUAUGUAUAGUUUAUGCCGAGAUAUGCCAUAUACCAAGUGUGCUAUUGUUUACGUUAAGAUGCACAUUCCGAUUGUAUUAAUGAAAUGUUGUACGACAACGUAAUCCAUAUUAAUAAUAAUUGUUAGAGCGGUGUCGAGUUCAACUGACUGCACAGUAUAAUUUAUACUGUAUAAACUACCAAAUAUUUUAAUGACACAGUAUAUGUAUGUCUCAAUUUAUUGUGCAACAAACAAGCCUAUUCUGUAUUUAUUUAAUAAUUCGCAUGCAUGAACGGGAACUUCCAAGAAAUGUUUCUGAGAGAAAACAACAACAUCACCAACGACAAAAACAACAUUGUUUGGAGCGAAUUUGCCUUGAUUUAUCUCAGCAAUGAUGAACGGAUUCUACGACUUCCAAACAACAGCAGAGCAACUACUUGCAGAUAGUUCGGGAAUGAUGAUGAAUAUGUCAGACUCUGAAUUUGGGUCGUCGGACUCAUCCUCCUUGGGAAUAUCUCACUCCCACCCUCGCAUUGCUCCCAAUCUCAUGCUCAAUGGGGGUGGGGGCAGUCAGUUUAUGAUGAUGGGAACCACCGUACAAAACCAGACGUAUAUUACUCAGCAAAACCCAGGCGCACAUCACUACAACAAUAACUCAUCCUCUGGUCACCAUCAUCAUCAAGGGUCCACAAUCAAACCGAUGGUAAUGCGAAGUGGGGGCAAACCAGCAGCAAUGGCGCAAGCACAACAAGCAUGCACAAUGAACAACGAAUCCUCCUCCAGACACAAACACACGGACCACUUUCUGAGCCAGUUUCAAGAACAAAUGUCCCAAAUGAAAUCUGCCAUGGAUGCUGUCCAAAAUGAAAUUUUAUUUCACUCCUCCUCCCCCGCCACCCACCAACUAAGCCCUCACACACCCUCGUCCCCUCUGAUGGUGGGAGCGGCAGGUGGUAAACCUAUGGCUGCUGCGGCCAUGGCCAUGACCUCGUUUUCCCCAUCUCCUCCUGCAAAAAGAGGCCCUGGCAGACCUCGAGGGAGUGGAGCAGCACAAUCUACCAAAUCCGUACGAUACCAAUCUCAAAUCUCAGCUCUGAAUGGGUUAAAGAUCAGAAUAAAAAAGUCCCCUGGUCAGUUGAAGAGGAAAGGUUACAAGGGAAAAGGCAAGAGAAAAAAGAGAAAAGGGAACGACGAUGAGGAUGAUGACGACGAUAACUCUGACGAAGAAGAAGAGUACAGAAGACCAUCUGUCCAAAAAAGUACAAAAAUGUCCCAUGCUACGACAAAUCUUUUGAGUGGUGACGGAAAUGCCACAACAACAACGAGUCAAAGUGGGUGGGGUGAUAGUCUGCCUGAACAUGUUCUAUCUAAAAUUUUUUCAUACGCUGUGAAGUGUGAAGGAGGUGCCAUUCCGGUGCUGGUCAGAGCUUCAAAAGUUAGUCGGCUGUGGUGGAAGACGGCGUCCAAACCAGAUCUGUGGACUUUGGUUGAUCUUUCGUCGCCCAGAGUGAAGGAUAAAUUCAAGAUUGAGCGAAACUUGGUUUAUUUUUUAGAGCAUCGGUUUCCUCGAGUAAAGCAUUUAAACCUAGCUGGAGGAUGGCCUUUAACUAAUCUAUCCAUUGAUGUACUAAUACGAUCCUGCAAAGAAUUGGAAAAUAUUGGGCUAAAUGGGUGUCAAAAACUGACGGCACAGCAUUUAAAAACUAUUACAGAAUCCUGCUUGUCUCUCAAAAAAAUUGAUCUCUCCGCAAUUUCUACCACGUAUAAUACAAAGACUGCAGUUUCGCCAGCAGCAAUUGCGGAUUGUGCCGAAACAAUGGGUGAACGAUUGAUGCAUUUAUCGUUGGCAAAUAAUUGUCUAGCUAAUUGUCCACAAAUUGUUGCGUCACUUGCGGAGUUUUGUCCAAAUUUACAAGUUUUGGAUUUGUCAAAUGUCACUUCACCAAGGAGGGACACAAUCGUUAUCAAUAUCGAGCACCUUCAACAAGGGUGUCAGAGACUCAAAAUUUUGCGUUUAACCAAUUCAGACUUUGUUCUUAGCGAGACUUCAUUAAAAGAGCAGGUUUCUUCGCCUGGAUUUAAAAAUUUAGAAGAAUUGAGUAUUGCUGUGGACCCCAAACGAUGCGUGGGGAUGGAUGAAGGGGACUUGGAAAGAAUUUUGAAACAAGCUAACAAGCUGAAACUGUUAGAUGUGCGUGGCUGUUCCAGAAUCGGUGACUCGGGUCUCGUUAGGAUUUCAGCUUGGGAGCUCGAGCAUUUGUAUCUGUCAGGAUGCUAUGCUACAAGAUCAAGCAAUGAUGGGCUAGAACUCGUAUCCCGAAAAUGGAGACAUAGUUUCAAAGAAAUUGACUUUUCAUGGACUCCUGGAGAAGAAACGAUCAAUUGUGCGGUGAGAGCCUUGGCUGAAGCCGAUGAUGAUGUGCCUCCACUUCGGGUUUUGGACCUCUGUGGCUCCUCAGUUUCCUUUGAUAGUGUGAAACUUGCUUUAAAAACGUGCAUCCAUUUGGAAAAAUUGAACCUCACAUCGUGCAGAGCCUUACCGAGAGGAAUUAAACGCAAUUACCAAAUUCCUGACGAAGUGGUAACAUUGCGAGAACAAGUGCUUUCUGGAAAAUAUGAUGACCAUCCCGAUGACUAAUCUCCUUGCAUACUUGACCCUGAUUUCGUAUUAUCAAUGUUAUUAUUAUUAUACAUUACAUUAUAAAAAUAGAAUUUAUGAAAUUAUGUAGUUGUGCAUUUUUUAUGGCAGCAGAUUUAUCGUUAUAAGGUAGCAUAUUAGAGCAAUUAAUACAAAAUUGAAAAAUUAUAUAAAAACAAUAAGAUAUUAACUAUUUUUGAGGUUGACAAAGUUUAACAGCGUAUGUAUUAAACUGGUCGUACUUUUGGUGCAAAUAAGUUCCAAUGACAUGUUAAUGUUCUACUACUACCUAAUAAAUACGUAAUUCUUGAGACUUUUUCCGCUAUAAAAACUAUUGUAACAAUUUUGCCUUAAAAUUUAGUGCAAAAAUAUUUAUGGCAAUUUUGUGCCUAUACACUUAUGCAUUAGGUUAGUUAUUUCAACAGUAAUCUUGUUUUGCUACAGAACAGAUAAUGAUAUAUGUAAUCAAUUUCACACAUGUGCAGCUUUACACACGUUAAUAAUUUUAUUAAUAUAAAUAUAUUACUACUUUUAUUCUCAUCAAGAAAUAAAAUCGAACAAGUUUUUUAAGA